AUGGCGGAAUCCAUUGUCGGUCCCUUUGUUGAGAAGCUUGCAGAUUACACUAUUGCUCCACUUUCCCGCCAAUUUAAGUACAUGUUUUGCUACAAUAGGAACAUUCAAAAUUUGAGGUCUAAAGUGCAAGAUCUUGAAAAUAAGAGAAAUGAUGUGCAAUUAUCAGCGGAUGGAGCAAAAAGAAAUGCAUUAGUUAUUAAAUCAGAGGUGGAUUCAUGGCUGAAAAAGGUUGAUGAUUUAAAGAAAGAGGCUGAUAAAUUUUUUAACAGCACAACAAAUUCUGAAAUGCAAUGCCCAUACCUUAGGUGUCCAAAUUUGAAGGCCCGUUACUUGCUGAGCAGGAAUGCCACAAAGAAGAUUACUGCAAUUGAUGAGCUCCAAGUAAGAGGUGUUAAAUUUGGUGAGGUAGGCGUACGUGCACCACUACAGUUGAUGCCUGUCCAUGGGUCUGAGGCUUUGAAGUCAAGGAUAUCAACUAAGAAGGAAAUCAUAAAAGCCCUAGAGGACACUGGUAUCAGCAUAGUUGGGAUAUGUGGCCUGCCUGGGGUAGGUAAGACGACAAUGGCACAGGGAGUAAUGACUCAAGUACUCGAAGAUAAAUUAUUUGAUGAGGUUGCCAAGGUAGUUGUUUCUAAGGAUGUAGACAUAAUAAGAAUUCAGGAUAAACUUGCUGAAAUGCUCGAUUUCUCAAUUGAUGAAAGGACAAAUGAAGAUGCGAGAGCUGCACAACUUGCCAAAAGACUUACCUAUGAUAAUAAAAAGAGAAUUCUAGUAAUAUUAGAUGACGUAUGGACAGACAUUAAUUUGGGAACAUUGGGAAUUCCUUCAUUAAAUCGUCCUGAGGGGUUGAAAAUUAUGUUGACAUCACGGGACAAACUGGUCCUUGAAAGGAUGGGAGCUCGUAACAUUGAAGUUGGAGUUUUGUCUAGAGAAGAAGCUUUUGCAUUUUUUCAAAAUGUGGCAAAGAUUUCUAAUGAUGCUACUGGACUGAAGGACAUAGCAGAACAAGUUGCAGAGGAGUGUAAAGGUUUACCUCUUGCACUUGAGGUUGUUGGCAAAACACUCGUAAAUCGAGAACCGCAUGUAUGGAAGGAUGCUCUUAAUCAACUGCGGCAUUAUCAACAUCGUGAUGAGGUCCCGAUCAGUGAGGUACACUCAAGACUACAAUUGAGCUACAACUAUUUGGAAAGUGAUGAACAUAGGUCCUUUCUUUUGCUAUGCUCUCUUUUUCCUGAAGACGAGAGUAUUUCAAUUGAAAGUUUGGUUACAUAUGCAAGGGGUCUAGAACUGUUUCAAUAUACCGACACAUUAUUAGCUACCAGAAAUCGGGUAUAUACAAUCUCUGAUACUCUAAAAAGUCGUCAUUUGUUACUAUCAGGUGAUAGGGGGGAGGAUGUCAAAUUGCGUGAUGUUAUCAGAGAUUUUUGUUUAUCAAUUGCAUCUAAAGGUGAACAUAGGUAUAUGGUGAAACAUGAUAUAAGGACAGAAUGGCCAGAACGUGAUAACCAUGAAUCCUACGGUGCCAUCUCACUAACGUUUCGAGGGGGGAUUUUGCUACCCAGCAGGUUACAGUAUGGGAAACUCGAGUUCUUACGGGUGCGAUCUUUUUGGAGUCAAAGUGUAAUUAACAUACCCGAAGAUUUUUUUGAUUAUAUGCAGGAACUUAGAGUUAUUGAUUUCUCUGGAGUUCGAAUUCGAUCACUGAUCCGACUGCCGCCAGGUCUUCGAACUUUGUGCUUGAUCAACUGGUUAGGCUUUAAGUUGGGCCACUAA